AUUUGUUCCCGCACCUCAAGCAUAUGAUGAUGACCAUCAUCACCCCAAUGAAGGUAUUGGGGAUGAAACUGGAGGGGAGGUCCCUAAGGAUGGCAACCCAUUGCAAAAUAUGUUGGAACAGGUCUUUGUUGGUGGCCUUUUGGAUGACGAUAGCGAUGAAUUGCCUGCUAAUCUUGGGAGGGGUGAUGUUCGGAGUUUCAAUAAGUUGUUCAAUGCUGCUCAACGUAAAAUUUAUCCUGGAUGUGAAAAGACUGUGCUAGCAUUCAUUGUUGAGUUGCUUCAUGUUAAAGUCUACAAGAAGAUGCCGAAUGACACGUUCCAUAUUAUGAUGAAUAUUAUUAAAGGGAUGCGAUCUGACUAUGAUGAGGCUAUUCCUUGGAACACUUAUGAAGCGAAGAAAUUCUUAAGGGAUUUGGGUUUGGGAUAUGUGCCUAUUCAUGCAUGCAUAAAUGACUGCGCACUCUUUUGGAAGGAGAAUGCAAAUAUGGAAAAUUGCCCAAAGUGUAAUGAGCCUAGGUACAAGGUGAACGAUGAUUGCAUCAUGCCUCCUGGAUCAAAAAAGAGCAGUGCAUCCUCCAACUCGACUAGCACAAUGCGUAACACUGCAGCAGUACGAGUUGAAACAGAAGCUCCAACACCCGCUUCAGAGAUUCUGACAUCUACUCCUUUGACUGUUGCAUCUCCUUCUACCCAUGCUAGUGCUUCAGGUGCACCUUCAGCAAAGCGGCGGUGUGUGCGAGGGCCAACACGUGGAAAAAGAAUUAGAAGAAUAAUUGCUGAGAAUAAAGGGGAGAGGAUCUCAGCUUAUGUGACGCCAGAAAUGAGAGCGUUUUGUGGAAUAAAUGCAAACAAGGUGGCAAGUGAACUAGGGACACAAAUUAGGUGGAUAUGUCCUAUUCAGGGAUUUUACGCCUCGUGGAAUGAUGUUAGUGAUGACUUGAAACGUGCUGUCCUACAAGCAGUCCGGGACAAAUUUAAAGUCACCGAAAAUGGCGUUGAGGGCACCGAGUUAGUUGAGCAAAUUUUUCAAGAAAAGGCAAAUCUAAUAUACAAAGAUUGGAAAUGGAGAAUGAACAAUUUCUAUACAAAGACAUUGGAAGCUGGAUUAGACGCAUAUCAUCAUCCAUUUCAAGAGAUGCCCAUAGAUGACUGGAAGUACUUGAUCGAUCAUGUAUUCAAGGAUCCAAAACGAGAGGCCCGCAAAAUAGCUGGCAAAUUAAAUAGGGAGGCUGUACCGUAUGGUCAUACUACGGGCUCUCGAUCCUUUGCUGCCGUGAUGACUAUUGCGGCUGAUCAAGAAAAGCAAAGAAUUGCCAAUGAGGGAAAUGAUGAUGCUGGAAACGGUAAUGAGUCAAACAGUAAUGAGGGUAGUGUGGGAACAAAGAAGCUCGAUUUAUGUGAUUUGUUCGAGGCAUCACAUAGAUUGAGAGAUACAAAUGAAUGGAUCAAUUCAUCAUGCCAAGAGAAACAUGAGAUGAUGGUGGGAAUACGUGAUGAGGCAGCUCUAUCUGGCACUCCAUUAUCAGCCGAAGAACUUUCAAUAAAGUGCCUUGGGGAGUCGAAGACAAAGAACUACAUUAGAGGAUUAGGGAAUGGGCCAAAGCCAUCUACCUAUCUUUCCAAAUCCAACUCACAGUCAGCAGCACGCCAGGACCAGCUGCAAAAACUUCAACAUGAGUUGGAUUUAAUUCGUGAAGAGCAAAGAAGAAAGAGGGAAGAGGAGAAGACGCGGAGGGAAGAGGAGAAGACGCAAAGGGAGGAGGAACAAAGACAACACGAGGAGGAACAAAGACGACGUGAGGAAAAGUAUGAGGAGGAGAAAAGACGGUGGGAGGAGACACAAAGGCGACAAGAUGAGGAGCGGUCUAUACUUCUAAAAGAGAUGGAGGUAUUCAAAAGCUUUAUGACCCAAAUGCAGAAUGGUGGACGAGGCAACAUGGGAGCAGGGUGAUGGUGGCUCAAAUUUAUGGGACGGCGUUUUAAUGGAGUAUCGUGCAGGAUGUUGGUUAUUGAUUAUGAAGAUUGACGUUGGAUUUUGGUUGUGGACGUGCUUGGGUUUUUUUGGGUUAUCCGUUUGUUGAAGUUGAGUGUUCACGAGGUUUGGAUAUAUUUUGUUACUGAGCUUGGAUUUUUUU